AUGUCUUCUACUACUAUAAACAAAUUCUUAAAAAUCACCGUGUCUGUUAUUUUCAGAUACCUGUUAACCAUAUGGCCAGCUAUAAUAGGGGCAAUUAUUUCUGCAAUAGUUAUAGCAGAUCCCGCCAAGUCACUGUUACUGGUUUCUGGUGGUUCAAAUUAUUAUUAUAUUACUAUUCUGGGUGAGAAUGAUUCACUUAUUUUCAGUCUUGCUGUUUUUAUUUCAAUUUUACUUGAAAUGGUUUUAAUUUUAGUCAUUAUGCCAUGUCGUGGAAAUUUUUGCUUACCAAUCGUUAAUCUUAUUUGGGAUUGUAUUCUGUUUGUUCUUUGUAUUGUUUUAACUGCUUAUAUGAGUAGUCGUAAUGUUUGGGGUUUUACACUUAGUUUGGGUAUUUCAGGUAUUAUUAUAUUGUUUUUCAUCUUGGUUAUUCUUAUAUCUGCAACAGUAUUCUCUAUUGUUAGUCAAGAAGGAUGUUCGGGCUUAUUCAAGAAACGUAAAUUUUAUUAUGGAGGGUUAUUUGUGAAGGAAAAGUACCAUCCACCAACUAAUAUGAUUAUUCACCCAAUUGAUACUGACGAGUACAAUAGAUAUGAUUACCAAAUGUGGGAUUUACCAGGAAAAGUAUAA